CACUAAUCACCAUGGUUGACACCCGUAGUGGGAAGAGCACUAGCCCCUAUACCCAGGCCCAACAAGAGCAGAUGGUCACCUUAGUGAAAGAGAAUAGAGAGAGGAAGGAGCUCCUGAAGCAAGCGAAAUUGAAAGCAAUCGCAGAGGAGCAGGCGGCGAGAAUGAAGAAAUUGGAGGAGGAGAUGGAGGAGAAGAAAAAGGUUGAUGAGGAAGAAGCAGCAGCAGAGGAAGCAGAAGAGAGAAGACACAGGGAAGCAAAAGGGGAGAGUAGUGGCACGACGAAUGAGGAUGCAGAGAUGCAAAAGAAGAUCAGCGAGUGGAUAGCCAAUUUAUCAUUGGGGGAAGAUGAGGAGGCACAGUUGUAUGUGCCACAGGAGGAGAAGGAGGCGUUUGCCAGGGCACUAGCAACGAUUGAGGAACCCCUGGAACGGCAGGAGACAGAGGAGGAGAAGAAGUUGGAGUGGAAGUUGAGAAUGAACAGGGAGAAGAAGAGAAGGAGGGAGGAGGUUAAUCAGUUGACCACAGAGGUGGAGAAGUGGAGGAGGGCCAGGGCACUCAAAGCCGUUAUGGACGACCUGGUGGCCGUCCCGGACCAUGGGGUGACUCAGUCCCAACUGGUCCAACUUUUCUAUCGUGCCAUGCCAGAGCCCUUACGAGGGCACUUCUUUGACAAGUCCCAACAACCCACUAUGACGUAUGAUGCGCUCAGUAGAGAAGUGGUGCUGUUCGAGGCAAAGUCGAUGCCAGUUUCCACUUUCUGGCACAAAGACUUGGAUAAGGGCAAAAAGUGGAAAGGCCAUACCAUCUCUGGCCAAGUCAGGGCCAAGGAUCACAUGAUCCUUACAUUAGAGGAAGGUGGUACUGAUGAGGUCCCCUACAGCCAGAUUGAGUGGGGCCUCGAGGAGGAGGACAGUGGCAUGGGACAGGGGAGGUCCUAUGCUGCUGUCGCGGCUGGAGGGAGGCCGCAAAGUAGAGGAGGCCAGGGCCAAAGGGGCCAGGCCAUGGGAGGCCGAGGAUCAGGCGCUCAGGGGGUUGGCGGCCAAAGGGACCGCCAAGAGGGAGGUAGGGGUCAAGGUCCCCCGCGAAAUCGUCAAGGUCCUAGUCGGUCCCCACAGCGACGAGGUGGAGGAUCACCUCAGAGGAGAGGAGGAUGGCACCCAGCCAAUUACUACAGGAAGUUCGUGAGGAACUUCUCUACCAUCGCUGCUCCCUUGUGCAGGUUGCUCAAGAAAGAGGCAAUCUGGCAGUGGGAUAAAGAUUGUACGUCUGCGCUAAAGAAGUUGAAGCGCGCAUUAAUAGAGUAUCAUGUCCUCAAAGUAGAAGAUCCGUCUUUGCCAUUUGUCGUCACCACGGUCGCGAGUCAGUAUGGGAUAGGCGUCGUGUUACAGCAAGACGACGACAAUGGCUAUAGACCCGUAGAGUUCAUGUCAGCGACAAUGCCCUCACAAAAGGUUGCUACCUCGACGUACGAGAGAGAACUAUACGCUCUCAGGCAGGCUCUAGAGCAUUGGAAGCAUUACCUGCUUGGGAGGCACUUCAAAGUGUAUUCAGACCAUGAGACGCUUAAAUGGCUGAAGACACAGGCCAAGAUGACACCUAAGUUGACUAGGUGGGCCGCUGAGAUAGACCAGUAUGACUUGGAGCUCAAGCCUCUUAAGGGCAAGCACAAUGCAGUUGCGGAUGCUCUGAGUAGGACAUCAAAUUACUUUGGAGCUAUUGUUCACUAUCUGGACAUAGGGAGCGACCUGCAAGAGAAAGUUAGACAGGCGUAUGCACAGGACCCUGUCUAUAGUGACCUCCUCAAGAAGGUUAAGGAGGCCCCAGAGACUAAGCCAGAUUACCGCACUACAGAGGGUUUAUUAUUUGAGAAGACUAAUGUAGCACAUCGCCUAUGCAUUCCCAACAGUGAGGAGAUCUGCAGUCUGAUCCUAGGGGAAUGUCAUGAUACAGAGGGACACUUGGUUGGCAAAAGACUUUAGCCAACCUGAUGCACCCGUACACAUGGCCACGAAUGAAGAACGACUGCAUAG